CAGUUAAGAUGCAGCUUCUCUCCAGGUCUUUCUCUGAAGACAUCAGGGUGAAGAGUUUGUUUUUUUUAAAAGAGCAGUCGGUUUCAUCACGAGCUUCCCGGACGGCCGCUUCCUGUUUUGAUGGGCACAGGUGACCACGGUUUUCCACUUGUGUCGCUAUAAACAUUAUUCACGCUGAUCACAGCGAUACGUCGGGCCACAUCUGGGUAUAAUUACAGCUUCCGUAUACACGUCGACAUCCUGGAGACCGACCAUGAUGAAGGACUCCCAGGGGAGAGAGGGAUGUCUCCUGACGGUCUGAUUUAGAUUUUUUUUUAUUAUUUUAUUAAUUAUCAAUCACAGAAAUCAAGCUUGCAUUUUAAAUCCUGAAUCACCGCGAUGAAAUGUGGAUGUUUCCGAAGAUGACUUGUGUACUGAUAUGUUUGUGUGGUUACUGUGGUUUCAGUCGUGUGUCACCAAAUGGGUGCGCGGCCCGGCCACAGGUGUCAUGUGACCUGUAGUAUUCAGAUUCCAGCGUUGAGCUUCAUCCUGCUUUAACACAGUCGGAAAAGUUUCUUUAAACGACUUAAAGUUGUUAGAAUAAACAAAGACAACAACUGAGGAUUAAAUAGGAAGUUUUUCUUUGGUUUUUUGGGGGUUUUUUUGUUGUUGUUGUAAUAUUUCCAUCCCAUUGGUGAGUCAUAUGAAAUCUGGUGUCAGCAGAUGAUUUUAAGAAUGAAAAAGUAGAAGUUGUGGUGACUGUUUUUGACCAACUCACCUCCGGACCAGUCACACAGUCUGUGACUCACUGGUUCUGGUAGGAAGUGUUGGGCAGUCCUCUCUCUGUCCUGACGUCUUCUUUUUCUCUGGACAUUUGUGCGCGAGUCUUUUUUUCUUUUUUUUUUUUCUUCUCUCUUUUAUUUCUGGGACAGGAACAACAAUGGUUAUAAAGCGUUGGCAACAGCAGUAACAGGAAGUUUGGACUUCUGAAGAGACAUAAUGAAUUGGUUCCCCAGAGCACAAUAACAGGCUGUAAUUCUUGUUUUGUUUUGUUAUUAUUUUGGGGACUUCCUGUCGGUUUAUCUUCUGUGUUUGUCCGUGGAUGUUGUGAUGCCUCUGCAGAAGAUGGAGCACAGCUCGUGCACGGAGGAUCGUAUCCAGCAUGUCCUCGAGCGUUGCCUCUGCGACCUGGGUCUCAACACUCCUGACAAACAGCUGUGGAACGCCGGCCUGUGCAUUAACCGCUGGUGUUUGGAGGAACUUGUGAAGAGAGAUCCCCACAACUUCCUCAUCCUUCUACAGAAAAUACUGAGGAAAACAAAAGAGGUGCUCGAGCAGUGUCGGUAUGAACUGGUGGUGCCCCUCUCUCUCCUCUUCUCUUCAACCCUGCUAAAAGCUCCUCACGUGGCUCCAGACAGUGGCGUCCUGCAGGAGGCCUACCUGUUGUUCCAUAGUUUCCUGUCCUGGCCGGAGCCCUGCUGCUCUGCCAGUAAACGCCUGCUACAUAUCAUCCAGCAGGAGCUCCGAGCACCAGGUAUUUCAUUUCAAAGACUGGUGAGGACAGAGCAGGGGUCCUCCCCCGAGGUUCACAGCUCUAAAACCGUGACGGUGCUGUUAGUGAACCCAGAUGAGGACGUCCCUCCAGAGGUGCAGUCUGUCUCCGAGAAGCUGAGUAGCACCCAGCCCUGCAACAGGGAUGUCACCGUCACCCUCAUCCGGCACAGCUUUCAGGCUGCUCUGGGCACCAAACACGACCUGCAGGCACUAAACACUACUCUGCAGACGAAGCGGCCCGAGGAGCUGGAGCAGCUCCUGGAGGAAGUGACUGAGAGCAUGGAGAUCGCAGCCUCCGCAGCAGAUCUCUGCGCGGCGAGACGGGGUCUAACGAACAGCUUGGAGAGGCUUAGAGAAAGCUUUGGUGUUCCUGUUCCUGCCGAUGGCUCUCCAGACACGGGGACUGUGGAGACUUUCAUGCUGCCUCUCCCCAAAUGUCACACAUGUUCUUGGGAGAACGACAACUUUGAUAUUCUGAACGACGUCCUCACAAGUGAGUCGGACCUGGAUUCAACUGAAGACUGUUUCCUGAAAUCAGAAAUCGAAGAGGAUUAUAACAACGACACCAGUGUGGAUGAGGAAGACGAGCUGGAGGGAAACAAAGGGGACCACGACUUUCAAAACCACCGCAUCUCCACAGCAUCCUCUUCCUCCAGGGACUCCGGCUACUCCCUGUCCUCCAGCUGGUCUGUGCCGUCCGCCUCAUCGGGUGUGGAAAGUGACUUCAGUGGACUUGAGGACACGGUGCAUGAGGACACGGAGGAGGGACAAGACAGCCAACCAAAACCCAGAAAGAAACCCAAGAAGAAGUCCAGAUCCAUGUUAGGCGUGGACCGCCUCUCCAUGCUUUUCAAGAAUCCCCGCAGCCCGAGCGUCUGCCGCCGCGUCCAGAGCAUGGGCUACCGUAGCGAUUUCACCAAAGACCUUCAAAGGACCGGGUCGAUGCUCAAACACGCCAGGUCCAGACAGGUCCGCCCUCUGCAGGCGUCCACUGCCGCCUUAGACCCCCUCUCCCCCCAGAAGCACAUGUGUGUCCGCAGGAGGCCGAUCCUGAGCUGCGACGAGGGCGAUGUGGCGGAGGCGCCUACCCUUGUCAAGGUGGUGGUGUUUGGAGGCGACAAAGAGGCCGGCAGGUUAGCCAGGGCGUACAGCGACCUGCAGCGGAAAGAGAGGAAAUGUCCCCGACUCACCAAGACGUGCAAGCUGCAGUUUUAUUUUGUACCCACCAAGAGACGAACAACAGGAAGUCCAGGACACACACCAACUGAGGGGCAGACAGGAAGUUCAAGCAGAGCCGCAGCGUCCGUGGAGUCUAAUGAGCUGGUGGUGGAGGACAGUAACACACACAUCGCCCAGAUGUUGGGGAUGAUGGAUCCCUGGUACGAGCGAAACGUCCUCAGUCUGCUCAGUUUGUCCUCUGACGUCCUUUGUCAGACUGCCUGUAAGGAGGGGGGUGUCUCAGAGGGCGGUGGCAGCGUGGAGCGUCUCCCCCUGCUGGCCGACAUGGUGCUUUACUACUGCAGACAUGCAGACCAGCCCGUCCUGGUGCAGCUCUACCAGGCUGAGCUGACCCUGGCAGGAGGGGAGAGGAGACGGGAAGUGUUCAUUCACUCUCUGGAGCUCGGACACUCCGCUGGAACCAGAGCUGUUAAAGCCAUGGGUGCAGCCAGCAAAAGGUUUGGAAUCAAUGAGGAACGAGAGGCUGUCCCUUUAACACUAAGUGUUGCCUACAACAAGGUGGCUGUUAGUGGGAGGAGCCAGUGGAUCGAGGCGGAGAUUGACUGCACGUCAAUUAAUCUUUACAAAGCCUGCAGGAAGCCGGAGCAUCUGUGUGACGAUUCAAGAAUAGAAAGUCUGCAGCUGACAAUCACAGAGGUCCUGAAGAGGCAGUGCUCCAAGUCUAAAAAGUGCCACAACCAGCACAUCUCGAUCUCAGAGGCGAAGGUGGACAAGGUGCAGGUGAACGGCGGAGGCGACGGGACGACUUUUGCCGUGUGUCUGGAUCAGGAUGAGAAGAAGUUCAUCCAGAGUGUGACCAGGUGUGAGGUGUCUCUGUGCUGUAAACCAGGAAGCAGCUCAGACUGGAGGUCCUACAAGCCUUUACCAGGACAAGUCCAGCCUCUGCACCCGUCCUACUGCUCUCUGCUCUGCCUUCCCAUCACCUCCUUCUCUGCCUCGUAUUCCUGACACACUUACACGCGUUACAUGUUACUUAACACAUGGAUGUUUAAACCAAAGCAGCACGGGAUGCAGAACAUAGAUACUGAGUAACACCUGAAAAUGACAGGGCUGCGCAGUACUAACGACGACCUACCGUAUUUUACUGGUUUGUCCAACAUCAAGGUGUGUCACACUGUUUCCAGCUUCCUCCUCUACUGUCCGUCUUACUGUGUAUUAACUGAUGUUGUUGUUCUCGCGUGGAGGAUUUUCUCAGGGUCAGAUCACUUGUCAAAUAUGUCAAUUAUCGGCUGUCAGCAGCAUAAAACUGAUUACUUGAUUACUAUUGUGUACGUUGUAUUGAUCCAUGACUCUUUGUUAAAGAAAUGUCUAAUAAAAUGAGCUAUUUAUUUUACAGUGAUAGCAGUUAAAAUACAUUUUUAUAUGUUUUUAAAAUGGCUUUUUGUUGUUUUCUUUUUUUUGUCACACGGUUGAAAUAAAAUCAUUUUUCAUUCA